AUGACGACGGAGAGUGACAGCCGUUCUGCACGGUAUGCAAGGAAGUCUCUGCUGCCGCCGAUGCAACCACCUGAAACGAAGCGCGUAACGCGUUCUCGAUUGCUUGCCCUUCCAGAACCUAAUCUUUCUCUCGACCGCUCUCCGCUCAAGGAGGCACGUACGGCCCAGCGCAACUAUCUCCUCCAUCACCGACCUCAAACCCUUGUCCAGGAGGCUUCCGAGUCAGACGAUGAACUGCUUCUGUCCCCGGGCAAGAAAUAUGCACUUCCUCGGCAAGUGGACUCCAAUACAACACGGUCGACCUCGCCGCCACCGCAGGACGACUUCGGUAUCACACCACCAGAGGUCUCUGGUGGACACGCCUCCAAGAAUCACGAUUGUGAAACAGGAGAGUUGGAGAGCAGGGAUAGCAUGGAGGUUGAGACGAGCGGGGCAGCACAGAACGAGAACCCGAUCGCCAAAUUCAUCCCGACACAUUCACGCAACCUCUCUGAACCGACCACCAUGUCGUCGAAUCCUUUCUCGACGGGCUCCUCUCCUAAGGCUAAGGGAAAGGAUCGGGCACGCUCGGUUCCCGCCUUCCCCGUGAUCGACUUAGAGAACGCACCUAUCUCCCCCAGACGCAAGCGUGCGCGAUCACGCUCCCCGACGAAAGAGCGCGACUCGCCCAAACUGCAGAUACUUAUCAAGACUAUGCCGUCUAUCCUGGACACCGACGAGAUGCCACCGCCUGCGUCUUCCAGCACAUCUCUAUCGGACGGGCCGCCAGUAACUGCACUUCCCCUCAUUCUUGAACCACCACCUUCGACUCCAGUUGCGAAAACUCGCCCAGCUACUAUUUUCAAUACCCCCAUGUCCCCGUUGACACCAAUACCCUCAACGCCCCCCGGGUUUCGUACACAUGAGCAUAUUCCAUCCGACCUUUCUCCGCAUCCCAAGGGCUGGGAUUUUGGAUUUGAGACAUCGAAGCCAAUUGAGGGACCGCCAGAUGUUCUGGAUGCUGUACCUCCAUACGUUACUCCCACUGCUCCAGCCGCUGAGGCUGUUGAAAUCACCCCAGAUCCUCCUACCAAUGCAGCUACAGCGCGGAAAAUAGCUCCAUCGGACAAAGCAGGUUCUGUUCGUGUAACGCGAGCUGUGUCGCAGCAAAGUCGACUCCCUCGUCCAGGUUCAUCACAUUCCAAUCACUCGAGCGGCACUUCCACACUGUUGCAUACGAAGGCGAUGAAUCCUCCGCCUGUGCCGAAGAAGAACGCAUUUGAUGUCAUGAUGAAAUCGACUGCAAGAAUAGAGGCAUCCAAGAGUAAGGGCAAAGGGAAAGAGAAAAUGCCUCCCGGGUUAUCAACCAGUUCCUCGAAACUCGCACCAGCUCCACCCGCGUUGACCCACUCAAAGGCGAUUUCCAAACCUAGUCUCAACAAAGGCAAAGAGAAGGAGAAAGCUAAAGCGGGUGUGGGUUCCAGUGAUAGCAAGAGAUCGUCCAUGAAAGCGAAAAUGCGGCGUAGAGAGAAGCCUGCCCCUCUGCCACCACCUAUCCAAGAUCGCUUGCCGGAAGAAGCGGAUGGCCUGGUGUCGACAGAAGCUCUUGUGGUCACCGAGGAACGGCUCUCUGACAAAAGCAGCCCGCUGGCUCAGCCGCCAGCCGACAAAGUGACUGCCCAGGAAGAUGAAACCAUCGACAAUUCGGUUCCCAAGGUCAACUCAGAGCCGCGCUUUCCGGAUGUUGACGGCGUAACACCUGGAUCCUUUCCCUCGUCGUCGCUAGAUGCCGUCUUAUCUUCCGAAAUUGAGCAGUCCGUCACGCCUCUUGAGGAAAUUCCCGCAGCCGAGGUCGAAAUGAAACCAGUGGAGACGCCAAUUGCUGUUGAUUUUGUGGAAGAUGCUCCCAUGGAUGAAUCUUUAGUCGCCGAUUCUCCCGUCGUCGAGGCUGUCGUUAUCGAAGAGGCUUUCGCGCCAGUCGCCGAUAAUCUCGUGGAUAGCCAGCCCACGGAAAACUCUCCCGUCGUUGAGAAGAACGUCGUUGAGGACAUCGUCGUCGAGCGUGUCCUCGAGCAUGUCCUCGCCAAGAAUGAUGACCUGGCCGUAGACAACGAUUUCUCUAUGUCGCAAGACCUUCCUGUGUCGCAAGAUCUUUCUAUACCGCAAGAUCUUCCUACGGCGAAGGAGCGGCCGAGAUCACGUACAGGUAAAUCGAAAGCUCCAGCCACUACAGCCGAUCGCGUUACUCGAAGUUCUGCUCUCAAACGCAAGGAGAUUGAUCCCGUGACUACGCAGAGGACAGAUAGGGACCAUGCGACUGUCGAGAAGCCUGCGAAGAAACCUAAACUGUCGGAGAGUUCCACCGGUUCUUCGUCGUCAUCGAAAGCCACUUUCGCAUCGUCCAGCAAAGUGCCUUCAUUCGCUAGUCCGACGAAAGCCAGUGCGGCGAAAGCGAAGCCGAAGCAGAUCGAAUCAUCGUCGCCGACGAAAAGACUUGCAAAAGCGCCGACUUUCUUCCCCGUUGUUGGCCCUCCUGCAUUCGCUCGUUCCUUCACCGGUCCACCGGGAAAGCCCUCAUCUUUACAAACACUUGCUUCAGCGUUGGAAAAGUUGAGAGCGCCUCCUCCCGAGCGACCCAACACAAGUCUUGGGUUCAGCAGAGACGAAUUGGAGCCUGCAACGAAGCACAGCGUUCCGGCUGCAAGUAUCGGACUCGGUCGACCGAGCCAUGCACUGCAGCGAGCCUCGACCUUGGCGUCUCUUCCGUCUUCUUCCGCCGGGCCGUCUAGGCCGCGAGUGGGCCCGUCAGCAAAGCUUGCCGUGGGGAGCGGCUCGCUGAUGCGCGGUCGACCGGGUAUGUUUAACAGACCUGGUCCCAAGGUCAGCCGCAAUCCCGGUCUGCCCAGUGUCAUCGGUAGUCCUGUCAAAGGGGGAUCGCUGGAGGAAGACAGCGCGACAUUUGAUCCGCCAGUCUCGCUUCCAACAUCGUCAGCUGGGUCGAUGGGACCGCCAGAGAUGCCCUCGACUGCGAGCACUCCUGCGGAAGCGACCACGGAAGUCGACGGCAUGCGACGGAGCACGCGGAUCGCGCAGAAUACCCCUGCAGUCGACCUCCCCCAAGAUUCACAGAUGGAAUCUGAGCCCCAGCUCACGGUUCUCAAAGGAUGCAUCGUCUUCGUUGAUGUACGCUCAGAGUUGGGUGGGGACGAUCUGAAAGAUCAUAUUGCCUCCAAGCUGAAGGAACUCGGCGCUAGGGUUCUCGGGCAAGUUGGACAAACCUGCACCCACAUCGUGUACAAGAAUGGGCUGCCCAGUACACUGUCGAGAUUCAAGCAACUGUCAGAGCCCAAACCAUUUGUCGUUGGCAUGGACUGGGUUUUCCGCUGCAUCAACAGUCUCACACGGGAGGAAGAGCGACGCUUUCUAGUCGAUAUCGACGAUAUGAACUCCAUUGCGCCCAAGCGCCGUAAAUCGAUGCUCCCCCAGCUGGCAUUUGACCACAUGGACGAGGGAAAUGAUGCGGAUCGCUCGUUCGAGAGCUCAUCUUCUAUGGUUGACAAUGAGCUCACACCACUGGAGCGAGCUAGGCUACGAAAAGCCGCAGCUGGUCAUGGAGUCAAGCCCCAUCGAUGAGUUGCUUGUUCGCUGUAUCAUUAGGAUCCAGCAUAGUUGCAUCCUUCAAUUGUAAUUGUGCCUAGUAAUAGGCACGUGUACAUUGCACGUGGUGAGAAAUAAUUAUGUCAGCCGCGACUAUAAAAUCAAUGCUCGCAUUCAAUCAUCUUUGCAAGAGAGAAAUGCCACGCUGACCGGUGUUAGGUUUCCGACCGUCGAGUCAGUGCCAGUGACCCCCAAGGGGGUCCUACUCUCUCAAGAUAUACUCAGUCUAGGAAGUGUCGUUUUGACAAUGACGAGGAAACGGCAUGUCGAUUUUCUACUGGCAAAUGAUUCUAUCUUUUGUAGUGUGCAAUGAACUUUUUGAUUCUCGCGGUAUAAAACAACAUCGUACAGUGUACCUGAGGACGACAACGACAACUGCUUACUUACUUACAUACACGGUCAACGGUUACAAUCUUCAUGGGGUGUUCAAGCCAGAAGACCGAGCAAAGUAGCCGGUGUCUGCACUUUUCUCGACGUCGGCGACGAGCCACGGAUCUCAAGCAAUAGCGAGGCCGCCGACUCCUCUUCGGGUGUCCGAUUCGACAUAACGUGUGAGUGAGUUGCGACGGGGCCCAGGCUCAGGGCCGGCGGUUGCUGUGACGGUGCCCGGACAGCAGCGAACUGGGUGGACGACGGGGGCGACGGCAGAUGCGACUGGAAUACAGGGGAGGUGUGCGGGGAUGCACGCGGCGGCUCUGGAAGCCACGACGAGAUGGAGGGCAGACGCGCGGACCUGUCGCCUGAUGGGUACGAUAUCACCGGACUUGCAUCGGGCGUCGGGGCCUGCGAUGGGCGUUCGCGUUUAGUCGGCCGUUCUGUCGUUGCGACAGUACCAAUGGAGGCGUCUGCCGAAUGUUUGCGUUUCCGGCUGUUGGCCGCAGUUCUAGCGACGCAGUUCGAGCAAGACGCCUGCUGAACGGCGUCCUCCAAUUGGGCGACCCGCUGGACCAGGUCCUGCAUAUACGAGACUGUUCGCACUAAGAUCUCGAGCUUGAACUCUUUCUCCUUCUCUUCUCGCUUGCCCGAGCCCUUCUUCUGUUGCGGCCUUCCGCCGCCAUUAGGGUCCUCGGCAUCGUUCUCCUCUGCCUGAUGGGGAUUGCUCGGCGGAACGAGCUGCUUGAGCGUCGCCAAGGCGUCGUUUAUCUUCGUGCGCCGGGCCUUCUCGAUGAUCGAGUGGUUGAGCUUGCGCUGUGCCUCCCGCGCCGAGCGAGACUGGGCCGCGGGCUUGCGGCCGCGUUUGGUCUUGGAGGUAGAGGUAGAUGACUCUGCCGGAUCGGGAGACAGACCGGGAAUGGACUUGGACAGCUUGGGAGAGGUCGCCGUCAUGCGGCGAGGCUCCGGGGCAUACUCGGAAUCGGAGGAGGUCUCAGAGGGAGUGGGCGACGCGUGCCUGAGCUGCGUGCCGUGUUUUGCGGUGCGGGGAGGGUUGCAACUGGCGGCAUACAUUGUGGACAUGGUGCUGGUGUUGGGCAAGUGGACGGGGACGUGAAGAUGCGAUCCCAGGGAUUUAUGGAGGCGCUUCUGGCCAUUUCUGCUCGUGUGCCCCUCUUGAAGGAACGUUUCUGGCACACGACCGGACGCGGCAGCCAAUCAGAUCGUGUGGACCGCCGCACGUUCCUCGUCUUAGAUUGCUUCGACUUCCCGUCUUGGCAACGGGGCUCCAAUUCAAAGAUGAACGUUCAUUAAGGCAUAUGAUGAGUGUCUGGUAGAGCGUGAUAGUACAUACUAACUACAGUGGUCGAGAAACAACGCAAGUCAGAGACCCGGGUGGAUGCUAAUAAUAAGUGGCGACGGCGAGAGUUUUCCCACCGGGAAUGUCGAUAUGAAGCCGGGGAGGGCGUGCAUCUGGAAGCCGACGACCUGCGAAGCACUUGAGCUGACUGGUGCGCCAAACAGGGGUCUACGCACGACUUACACCAAUGUGCGCCAUGAAUUUGUUGAGAUUCCGCGUCCGCGACUCCAUGCUACUGGGACUGGCGGCCUCAGUUGCAAUGGGAGUCACUGGGACCGUGCAGUCUGCCAGCCCAUAUUCCUUAACCAGAGUCUCCGCUUCUUCGGACUGGAGCGCAAACAGCGAUCGCAGACUGGUCGGAAAUAGCGGAGACGGGCUGGCUGCCUCAGCAUCCGCUACAGCAGUAGUAGACAAUGGCCGCAAAAGCGGCCGAAGUUCGGCGUUCAAUUGCGACGGGCCCAACGCAGAAUUAUGCUGCCUUGCUUCUCUAGCGCAAUGUUAGAUGGGAGACACGGUCGUAAUCAAUCUCACUGACGAGUUCCUCAGAGCGCGUUGAACUUCGACGAUCUGCACCUGAUGCGUUUUGAUCUGCUGUCGCAGCUUCUCCGGGAUCUGGAUACUGA